GUUUUGGCGAUAAUAAGGGAAAUCGGCGGCGAAUGCGGCUAUAAGUCGUGUGCGGCAACGGAUUCCAAGAAGUUAAACAUCCAUAUCAUAGCCCACUCUCACGACGACGUGGGAUGGCUGAAGACGGCCGACGGCUAUUACGACGACUCCGUUCAGCACAUCCUCACAAAUGUUGUCAAUUCACUCGACAAGAAUCCUCAGCGAAAGUUCACGGAAGUGGAGACCUAUUACUUCAACAGAUGGUGGUCUGAACAGAGCAGUGAGACCAGGGAUUUGGUCCAUACUCUGGUCAGUUCCGGUCGACUGGCGUUCGCCAACGGGGGCUAUACUGUCAACGAUGAGGGUGUGGCUCAUUAUAAUGAGAUCAUCGAUCAGAUGACACUGGGGUUAAGAAUUCUGGACAAACUGUUUGGCCGAUGCGGUCGUCCACUGAUUUCGUGGCAAAUCGAUCCGUUCGGUGCGUCCAAAGAGAUGGCAUCCCUUUACGCGCAAAUGGGUUUCGACGGACACGUCUUCAACAGAGGGGUCUUCCCGAAGGGAGAGUUCGUUUGGGGCGGAAGUCCUGAUUUGGGAGUCAAUGCCGAUAUAUUCACCACAAUUCUACACAACCAUUACAGCGCACCCGACGGUUUCGACUUUGAAGACGGCAACGACAUUAACAGCGAAAACAAGCGCCAAAAGGCUGACACAAUCGCCUCAUUAGCCAAACAGUGGAGCAAAGACUUCGGUGACACGAAUCAAGUGCUCAUGACUUUCGGCGACGACUUUAAGUACAAUAACGCGGAACACUAUUUCGCUAACUUAGACAAACUGGUGGACGCCNACUUUAAGUACAAUAACGCGGAACACUAUUUCGCUAACUUAGACAAACUGGUGGACGCCGUACACGAGUACCACCCGGACGUCCACAUCAUGUACUCCAACCCCAUGUGCUACCUGUACGCCAUCAACCAACUCAACCGCACGUUUGAGUUCCGCGAAAGGGAUUACUUCCCGCUGUGGUCGGGCUUCUUCACGAGUAGGCCGUCCCUUAAACGUCAGGAGCGCACGACAAACACUUUGCUUCAAAUCGCCAAACAAUUGGAUGCUAUGACCAGAAUCCCGGAGUCGGAGCCCUUUCUGGAUGAGGCCCGCAAUGAGGUGUCGGUCCUCACCCAUCACGACGCCAUCACAGGCACAUCCCCUCAGUUCGUGAUCGAGGACUACAUCCAGAGGCUAUUCAGCGCCACCGACGCCCUCAACGAAGCCAUCGAUAGGAUGUAUCGAAAACUGGUGCCAAACUCACAAUCGGACGACUCGUUCCCGAAACAGAUAUUCUGCGAUAGGCUUAACACAAGUGAAUGUGACGUCUCGGAGACGUCCAACGAGUUUACGGUCAUUGUGUUCAAUCCGAUCGCACGGCCCGUCCAGCAAUGGCUGAGAAUCCCAAUCACUUCGGACGCCACAUAUGAGGUGACCGAUAGUAAUGGCACUAAAGUUACGGACAUACAUGUCGUUCCCAUAUCGGAGAGAGUACUACACCUUCCCGGGAGAAAUAGUUCCGCAAAGUUUGAGUUACUUUUUAAGGCAAACCUCGAAAAACUGGGAUUUGUUACAUAUUUUAUUAAAAAGAUAAAGCUGAAGGGAAAGGGAUUUACUAUGAGUUUAGAUCCAAAGACAGGUAAUAUUGAGACAAUAAAGCUGUCGAAUGGAAAAGAGUUCCCAUUGAAGCAGUCCUUUAAGUUUUAUAAAUCCAAUCACGACUCGAGUUACGAGUUCUGUGUGGAGGGACAGGUAUACGACAUACCCAGAGAUGCCGUGAAACUGGAGGCCGUUUACAGCGACGGGUCGGUGCAAGAGGUGAGGCAGCAGUGGAACGACUGGAUCGCGCAGACCAUCCGUGUCUACGCGGACGAGGAGUACGUGGAGAUGGAGUGGACUGUGGGUCCCGUUCCCGUGGACGACAACAUCGGCAAAGAAGUGAUCACAAGAUUUGAGACCAACUUUGAAAACAACAAAGAGUUUUAUACGGACGCCAACGGACGACAAAAUGUAAAACAAGUGAAACGAGUGAGAAAUUCAGAGCAACAGAGUUGCGGUCAAUACAAGGAAAGCGUUUCCAAAAACUAUUACCCCAUAUAUGAGCGCAGCUUCAUUCAGGACCACCAGAAGGACAUACAGCUAACGGUGCUCACCGACAGAGCACAGGGAGGCUCGAGUGAGGCUGACGGACAGUUGGAGCUUAUGAUCCAUAGGAGACUUCUAGCCGUAAAAGACAUCAGCCUUAACGAGACUGGUGUUGACGGGAAAGGGCUGGUAGUCCGAGGGAAGCACUACUUGUUUUUCAAACCCAUCAAUGAGUCGACAAAACUGUACCGCGAUUUGAGUCGACGACUAGUGAUGUCUCCAUUGAUGACAUUCGCGCCGUUGACUCAGACACCAGAUGUGUAUCGAAAGCAAUUCAAGACCUCCUAUUCCGGGCUGACAUCCGGUUUGCCAUCAAAUGUCCAUUUGUUGACAUUAGAGAAGUGGACACAAAGCGAACUACUCGUCCGUUUGGAGCACUUCUACCAAAUUGAGGACAAAAACGAUUUGUCGAAAGCCGUGGAAAUUGAUUUGCAAAACAUGUUUAAAGACAUUAAGAUUAAAAACAUCCGCGAAAUGACUUUAAGCGCAAAUCAGGAGCUCUCGGAAUCCCAACAGAAUCGGUUGAAAUGGAAAUCCAAACGACCCGUCAAUGAGGUUGCCGUCAAUUCCGGUGAACCCGUGAACGAUAUCUCGAAGAUUGAGUUGAGUCCGCAACAGAUCCGCACAUUCAUUGUGACCAUCGAUGACGACACCAAAAGAGUCAACUGUUCCCUGCAAUGGAUACCCAUAUCGGGCACUAAAAUACCCGACACUGCGAUCGUCGGUGGCUUUGAUGUGGACACUAAACCGCUAUAUAUUUGUCGCCAUAAACAGGACAAAGACAUCAUUCCGGGCAAAGCCAAUGAGAACAUCGGGUGUGUGGUUACGAUGGGAGGGAAGGCCAUCUCAAUCAAAUCCGAUUACGAGGUGCUGACCGGACACGACUACGAUUGGGUGGAAAGGCAUGGCAGCGAUGCUGUACCCGACAGGGCCUUCAUCGCCGGCCACGACUUGAACUCCAUUCCCGUAUUUGUGGGUAAAUGUGACCUCCACUUUGGUCCGAGAGAGACCCUGGUGGUCGGCAAAGUACACCACAAGUUUUACUAUGGGUGGGGAGACUUGGAGAAAUCGGACUGUCCUAACCAUAUGGUUAUGGUGUGUUAGGUCUCCCAUAAUGAAUGACAAUAUUCUUAAAAUUGUAUUAUUAAUACCCAGUGUCAGUCAAAUGAUUGAAAUGGAGC